AUGUUUCUUAGAAGAAUUCUCUCUCAUACCAGUCGUGUACCUUUAACUUUUACCUUACCGUUCCCUUCUGAUCCCAAUUUUACCGGCCAGCGACGUUUGUUGGUUUCUAAAAAAAAAGCUGGUGGGAAAAGUGGUAGUAAAAAAGGUAAAGUAGUGUUUAAAGAAGAAGACAAUAUAGAAGACGAAGAGGAGGAUGCAAACAAAAGUACUUUUGAUUUGACAAAUAUCACAACCAAAAUGAAUACUAUCCUUGGGAGGCUAAAAAAAGAAUAUGGUACAAUGAGGAUCGGCCAAGCAAAUCCAGCCAUUCUUGAUUCCGUGAUGGUACCUCAUGAAAAUGGUAGCGCACCUCUAAGGGAUCUUACACAAAUAAUAGUCAAAGAUCCACAAACCUUAUUAGUGCAUGUACACGAUGAAGAAAUGUUAAAAACAGUUGAUAAAGCUAUAAGAAACGCAAAUCUUAAUUUAAAUCCAAUGAUUGAUGGAAAAGGUCUUAAGGUGCCUAUUCCAAAGAUUACAACUGAAUUUCGUGAAAAAAUGAUCAAAGUCGCGUCAAAAAUUGCAGAAAAUACAAAAAUAAAACUUCGCCUUGCGAGACAGGAUGGAUUAAAAGAUUUGAAAAAGGACAGUAAGAAUGGAUUACCGAGUGAUGAAGCAAAAUUACUGGAAAAACAG